CAGGAAAUGACAUGACAGGCUUCUCAUCUAGGUAGCACGUGAAGAUGCCUUUCUGAGGUCGGAAAUUCAGAUGCGCUGUCAUCUUCUUGUAUAUGAAAAUAUCACGGUUGAUAUCCUAGGUAGUCGUGGUACAUUAACUACAACAUCAUGGCGGACACGAAGAUCUUGCCCGAAGUGCAUAUUAUCGGCGAACUUGAGCACGGAGUGCAGUUCGACACUGCUGGAGGCGAGGGGAUUUUCGUCGAAUUCAAUGUCUCAGUAGGAGACCAAUGGUAUUCACCAGUGUCUUAAUGUGAUAUGCACGAAAAUAAAUUAUCGAUACUUCUUUCGGCACACUUGCGUUUCUGCGUCUCGUAAAAAUUCCAUGUUACAAAUGGCCUUUGUUUCACGAGAUAGGUUGUAUUGAUAGUUUCUUCUAUCUCACAUCAGGUGGGACAUAACAAAGUCCACACAGCAGACGCAAACAGCAUACCCAGAUGAGGAAAACGAUGUUGUUUUCAACCAUCCAGUAGACCUCCACUUUGCGACAGCAACAAUAGCAGACUGGCCGCGCAUGAAUUUUCAAGUUUACAAGUACUCUUGAUGUCCGUGCUGUUAUUUGAUUUCUGAGAUUUAUUAAGCACAAGGUCUACAGCUUACUCUUAGUGCUGCUUGAUUUCUGAGAUUUAUCAAGUUCAAGGUCUACGGCUGUACCAUCAGGCAAUAAUGUUGAAGCUCGCGGCAAUGGUUUUCUGUCUUUUGGAUAACAGUAAUGGGACCCCCCUUCAAUCUCUUUCCCCCAUAAUCAUCCUGGGUUUAUCCCUCAAAUCAAUGUCUCUUGGAUAACAACUGCUCCCACUCGCGUUAAUCAGGCUCGACGUUUUUGGUCGCAUGGAUCCGCUUUCGGUUGGAUCCGUAAACAUCCCCACAAGCCCCGGCCACUACAAUCUCGCGUGCAGGACCUGGUCUCCGCUCUCGCAGAGGUCACAGGAGGACGUCUAUUUACGACUCGAGUGAACUUGUACUUGUAGAGGCUUCUCCUAUUCCUAAGUCGGGUUAUAGGGAAUGAUUAGUUUUCUAGAUUUAUAACGUAGAGCAAGCAAGUACCUACUGAGCCAUUUUCUCACGGGGAAUGACUAAGGAUUUGUCGCUACAGAUGAAUAGAAGAUCAUGUAAAACCUGCAUGCAUUCAAAAAUUUUGUCGAACAUGUAAGAUGGAUUCUUGUCUUCCGCUGUCCUUGGGUGAUCCCCCAUGUCCCUGAGAAAGUACUCAGUAAGUAUGCCUCCCCAACUUCAAUUUCCAAUGUCCUCCUACACUAUGCCUCCCAAGAUUGUCCAAUAUCCCCUUUCUAAUCUGCGGUUACUACGUGGGCGGACGUCCGCAGCUUGUCGAGCCGCUGGAAGUCAUAGACAGGAGGAGUAGCUCUACAAACCCUGAACGAAGUACACUAAUAACGGAAACAUCCGGAACGCUUUAUUUGUCUGUAGACGUCCUCUUCAGAAAUCUUACACUUUGAACAGCAAUAGAAAUGCAAGGUUGAUACUGAAAAAAGCGAGGCGGUCAAUCAUGCGAAGCAGACGAACGUGCUGUUGAUAUCUCCUAGCUUGAUUGAUGUUGGCGUAAG